UUUAGUGUGGGUGUCCUGCUUUAUCAGAUCAGCACCCUUAUUCUUUUGCAGGAAGCUUGCUGCUUGCUGUUACCAAAACGCGUGGCUCCUUUGUGUAUAGCUGCUUCUGGUAAUGAUGAUCAAUGUGAAGCCAAGUCCUGCAGUUAAGUUCUGGGCAGUUUUUAAAACAUAACAGACACCCCUUUGCUGCAAGAUCAUCACACAAGACCCUCUUGGACUUUUUAUCGUCUCUCCCCAAGCCUGCUUUUUUUGUUGUUGUGAAAACAAAUUGUCUGCAGGAAAAACCAACUAAAAGCAGCCUCCCCUGUUCUAUUCUGCAACUUUUACCUGCUGAACCUGAGACUUAGAGAGAAUUUUUGCAUGCUGAUAUUAUAGAACUGGGCAAAACUGCAACUUGACGAGACCAAUUAAAACAUGGAUGUAAGGUUUUAUCCAACAGCUGCUGGUAAUGCUCUGGCUGGAGGAGAUGCAUCUAAUCUGGACUUUUCCCAGUGCUUAGACUACUAUACUUAUAAGUUUGGAAAUAAUAACUAUAUGAAUAUGGCAGAAGCAAAUAAUGCAUUUCUCAAUGCAAAUGAGACAUUCCACACUCCAAGUCUAGGAGAUGAGGAGUUCGAGAUUCCACCCAUAACACCACCUCCAGAAACAGAUCCUACACUCAGCAUGACUGAUGUCCUACUGCCUUUUCAAAUGAUGGGGGAAGCAUUGGCUGCUCAAGGAAACGAAUUUGCACCUCAAUUUCCACCUCAGAGUCUAGACCUACCUUCUAUAACUAUCUCAAGAAACAUAGUGGACCAGGAGGGUACAUUACAUAGCAAUGGUCUGACAAUGGACCAAAGACAGGCCCAGAUGUCUCAAUAUCGACAAGAUCACUCCUUAAUCAUGAGAUCAUUGGUUCAUAUGACAGAUGUUACACGUGCUGGAAUAAUGUCUCCUAGUCAACUAACCACCAUCAACCAAUCACAGCUCAGUGCUCAAUUGGGACUCAACAUCGGUGGCACUGUCAUCCCACAUACAUCUCCCUCUCCACCUGCAAGCAAAUCAGCUACUCCAUCUCCGUCUAGCUCUGUCAACGAAGAGGAUGUGGAUGAUACAAACAGAACAAUCGGAGAGAAAAGAGCUGCUCCAGACUCUGGCAAGAAACCAAAGACCCCAAAGAAGAAGAAAAAGAAAGAUCCAAAUGAACCUCAGAAGCCAGUGUCUGCCUAUGCAUUGUUUUUUAGGGAUACACAGGCAGCAAUCAAAGGCCAAAAUCCAAAUGCUACUUUUGGUGAGGUGUCAAAAAUUGUGGCCUCAAUGUGGGACGGCUUAGGUGAAGAGCAGAAACAGGUCUAUAAACGAAAGACAGAAGCUGCCAAAAAAGAAUAUUUAAAAGCUCUUGCGGCCUACCGAGCAAGUCUUGUGUCUAAGGCUGCUGCUGAAUCUGCUGAAGCUCAGACAAUACGCUCAGUCCAGCAAACCUUGGCAUCAACAAACUUAUCAUCUAGUCUCCUUCUGAACAAUUCAUUAUCUCAACAUGCAGCAGUGUCUGUUGCAGCACAGAAUCUUCAGCAAUCGCUCCCAAGAGCCAUUGCCCCCAAACCUUUGACCAUGAGAUUACCUUCAAGUCAGAUUGUGACUUCAGUCACCAUUUCACCAAACAUGACCUCUAGCAUGGGUACUCCUUUAAUGAGCUCGAUGGGUGCACCAAUGGUAGCCAGUCCUCCUUCUUCUCAAGUGAGUCCAUCCAUGCAGAGUCAGCAGCAUCAGAUUCAGCAGUUGCAGCAACAGCAACUUCAACAAAUGCAGCAGCAGCAGCUGCACCAGCAUCAAAUGCACCAGCAGAUCCAGCAACAAAUGCAGCAGCAACAUUUUCAGCAUCACAUGCAGCAGCAACUACAGCAGCAACUACAGCAGCAGCAACAACAGCAACAAAUGCAACAGCAACUUCAACACAUACACUUACAGCAGAUGCAACAGCAGCAGAUGCAGCAAAUGCAUCAUCAGUCUCAAAUGUCUCCACAGCAGCAGUCACCUGCCACUUCCCAGUCUGGGGUACCUACCCAGAUUGCAUCACCCAUUCCCCAUAUCGGUAGCCCACCCCCAGCAUCCCAGCACCAUCAGCCAUUGUUACAGUCGCAGGCACAGACUCAAGUGUUGUCUCAAGUCAGUAUUUUCUAAUUAUCCAGUGGAUUCAUUAAAAACAAUCAUCUCUGUAAGGGAAGAUGUGUAUGCUGUAACAUUUCUUAGCAGGUUAUGCAAAUAUGCAUAAUGGACAGAGGGAUUCUCUUAAGUGUCUAUUAGAUAGGCAAUAAAGAACUACUAUGUAAUGGUGUAUCAUAUUUUAGCAUCCUAUAAAUGAGCUCUCUGGAAAGUAAAGAAAGAUGACAUUUUGUUUUUCCUGUGAUGCAUUUGCCUUUUUUAAUUUAUUGAACAUUUUUUCCUAAAACAUGUGAAACGCGUGGUCUUAAAAGCCACCUAAAAAAAAAAUCACUAGAACCUGCAGACUUUCAGCUAAAGGUUUGAAUUCUCACUGUGCAUUCUCAUGAGGAUCGUAAUGCAUUGUAAGCAUAUGAAACUCACAAAGACUUAACACGCAGUUGUAACUACCUGUAAAGUGAUAAUGUCACAAUCAUGCAAGUGCAUUUGUAUAACAUAUGUAGUUAAUGGCAUUUUUGUCAUAAGAUAUAAUGUAAAUUAAGGAUGUUUGCCAAAGUUUUUUUUUUCCAUUUGUCUAUGCUAAAACAAUUCUCAUUACCAACCAAACUUUGAUUUUCUAAUACACUGUAACAGUAUGUCGAUUGGUUCUGUGUCCCUACCACAUACAUUCUGAUUAGAUCAAAAGAAAUGUGAAUAUGAUGUUUAAGUGACACUUUUCUUAUAAAACAAUGUAUUUUUUAAAGGGAGAUGCACUUAAAUGGUUAUUAUAAGAGCAAAGGUUAAUUAGUGCUACAAGUACUGUAAUACCGGUAGAUUAUUUAAAAGGGUACCCUGAAUAAGGUGUAUAUAUUUUCUUUUGAGUUGUACGUUUUAAUAAUUUGUUGUAAAAAGGUUUUCACAAGCAAGGCUUUAAUGUAACAUUGUUACAGAAUCCCAUUAAUUGCUACAUCGCUUCUUGUGUUUUUAAGCUGUUUUAUACUUUUUUAUGAGUUCUGAUAGCAGCAGUUAAGUUGUUUGUAUUUUUGCUUAACUGAAAAAAAUGCUUUUAUCUUGCAAUAGAAUAAACACAUUUCUGUAAAGGUU